AACUAACAUUUUUGCCACAGUAGUCAUGGCUUUAGCCGCAACAAGGAGAACCAAUGUUCGUUUACCACCAGAAGUUAACAGAAUCCUAUACGUCAGAAAUCUGCCGUACAAAAUCACAGCAGAGGAAAUAUACGACAUAUUUGGAAAAUAUGGUCCAAUCAGACAAGUCCGAGUUGGAGUGAACCCAGAAACGAAAGGGACAGCAUUUGUAGUGUACGAAGAUAUAUUUGACGCUAAGAAUGCUUGUGACCACUUGUCAGGGUUUAACGUGUGUAACAGAUACCUUGUUGUCUUAUAUUAUCAAUCUACUAAGCUGUACCAGAAAGUAGAUGCUGAAAAGAAACAAGCACAGUUGGACGCUGCAAAGAGAAAGUACGGCGUGGACGGUAUUGCUAAGUAAAGAUAGAGUUAUCUACUUUUAAUUUAAUUUGAUGAGCAGGACAAUCUAGCCGAGUCAAUUAUAAUUCAGAGACGUUGCUGAUUAUUCAGGAAAUUAAGAUGAAAGUAAAAGCUUCGCCAUGGCCUACAAGUUUUGAUUUUCAUGAUCCAAAUGACAUCAUACAAUAUACUGAACGUCUCUGUGAAAUACUAUAUGAGAAGUAAACAUUGCUUUAAACUUGACUCGAUCUUUCGCCCUAGUACUUUUCUAUCUUAUUUAUGCAAUAUAUAGGUUUAUUUAACCGAAUUAUGUACCUGUCAUUGCAAACUUCUUAUUUUAUUCACCUUGCCCGAAUGUCAGAAUAAUUUGUUUCCUUGAUUUAAUAAUGUAUCUUCAAACUUAAAACUCAAAUUGUGAUAAUAAGGAUUCGAUAUUAUACGAUCAAUAUUAUAAUCAAAUAUCCUCAAAUACCCAAAUUUACAUUUUAGUUACCUUCAAUCUUACACUUUAAAAGAUACCACAGAGGUUGUACUUUCUCUCCAGUCCUCAGUUUCAAAUACCUACAAAAUAAUGUAACGAAGUGUGUUAAAUAUAUAAAAAGGAGCAAGAUGGCGACGAAAGCGUUAGCAAAGUCUCUAGGUCUCGUCUCCAACCCUCUCCUCCAGCGGCAACACCACCCCAGAAAACGAACUCAGCUAUUCCAGUACCUCAUAGUGCUAGACUUCGAGGCAACAUGCUGGAAAGACAAACAAAACCAACCAUCCCCCGGGGAGAUCAUAGAGUUUCCAGCUGUACUGUUAGAUUGUAACACCGGUAAAGUAGAGGACACAUUCCACCAGUACGUGAUGCCUGUGGAGAGCACUACUCUCUCUGACUUCUGUAGAAAUCUAACAGGAAUAUCACAAGAAACUGUCAGCCAAUCAGAUCCACUUCCCGCUGUCAUGAAACUGUUCAGUGACUGGGUAAAGUCAGUGUGUGCUGCUAGAAACAUCCUUAUAAACUCCACUACCGAGCAACCAGGUAAACAUCACGCUACGUUUGUCACAUGGAGUGACUGGGAUCUAGGAACACAACUACUCUACGAGUGUAAGAGGAAGUCAGUGUUCCGUGCUUCCCACUUUAACGCCUGGAUUGACUUACGCUUGGUGUACAGGAAGUACUAUAAAUCUAAACCUCAGGGAUUAAAUGGAGCUCUGGAGGAGAGAGGGAUGAUGUUUGUUGGGAGGGAACACUCCGGUAUUGAUGAUGCAAAGAACACAGCUAGGCUUGUUUUUAAGAUGAUCUGUGAUGGUCACUGUUUCAGAGUAACUAAAACAAUCCAGGGUAAACAGGUGAUGUCAGUGAAACCUGCUACCAUCUCUAAACCGAACACAGUUAUCACUAAACCUCCCUGUCCUUUUAAAACCACUAUAACUCCUCCUCUUUGUAAGUGUGGAACAGCGUCUACUAGGAAACAGAUACUGAAUGGGGGGCCGCAUCACGGUAGAUAUUAUUUUACUUGUAAGAGCAAGUCUUGUAACUUUUACUCUUGGGAAAGUGUUGUAAUUCAACUCAAUAAAACUCACACGGAACACAGGGGGAUCAGGUACUAAACGGAACACAGUAAU